GUCCGGGUGAGCAUUUAUACCGCUGCUUGCGGAUUUGCCAUCUUCCAAAGUUGUGUUAGAAUAUCCUCUACACAAUACACUAUUCCUAGUGAUACUUUACCGCGUGUUGGUUGGUUUGUCUUUCCUCUACCCUUGAAUGCCAUUGACCGGAUUCAGCAGUUUUCGGUGCUUCUCCCAAUAUUGACGCCAGAAUCGCAAGUACAUUCUGCAAUGGGUGACACCGGCUCUGAAGACUGGACGGUUCAAGAUGGCGAUACCACAUCCUUGGAGUCGUCUAUGUGUCAGAAAGAAGUUCCGAAGGAUAUGAUCCAAGAAACUACACCUUGGCCUACUUCCUAUGAAGGCAUGCUACGUCUGGUUCAUGCCGAAUCAAGGGAAGCUGGUUGUAUGUAUCGAUCUCAGUAUGUCUUGAGAAUUGCAGCGGAAUGUGAUCUGGAAAAACUUCGCGAUGCCUGGAAAAUUGUCGCCAGUCUCAACCCUUUGUUUCGUACAAAGGUGGUUGGGGAUAAAGGACAGCUUCGUUGUGUUGUCUUGCUUGACUCGGAUGUUCUAUGGAACGAUCGGAAGGAGACUACGAAUCUGAGUCAAAAUGAUGAUCCCCAGAUGGCCGGGCCUCCUGAAGGACGCCUCGCCAAUUUGGAGAUAUUGGAACAGGCGCGUUGCCACAACUGCACCCAUGAUUUAUUACUCACCAGAUACCACGCGAUUUCGGAUGAGUGGUCUCUUCAUGCUGUUCUUCAACAAUUCCAACAGGCCUAUGACUCUAUAAAUCCGCAAAAGCCCCCUUGCAGAGGCUUGGAGAAAGUAUCAAACGAUGCACAGGGGAUACAGGAGAGAAAUAAUUUCUGGAAAAGUCUGCUUGGGGGAUUCAGCUCGUCACACUUCCCAUCUCGCCCUAUGCAGCCACAUGCUUGCACAUUCGAAAAACAGCAAUUCUCAUUCUGCCUACCAGGCUCCCACCACACAACCAAGGAAUUAUAUGCAAGCAUUUACCUCAGUUGGGGAAUGACAUUGUCGCAAUACACCAGCUCAUGGGACGUCGUGUUCGGAGUUACUGGCCAAUUAUCGUCUUCCACCAGAACCAACACUCCCGACGGCAAUGUUCAUCCAUUCCGCAUUGUGAUGCAACCUGAAAUGACGGUCGAAGCUGCCUUGUUGAUACUUGAAUCCCAAGAGCAGUAUAUACGCACUACUGAUCCAGGUACCUUGGGUGAUAUUUCUUGUUUGGAUGAGGAUGUUGCAUUGGCCUGUCAAUUCCAAAAUGUCCUAAGCAUCUUUUCCCGAUCAUCCGUUGAUGCCACAAAAGCUCCACUCACAGCCAGUCAAGGCACUGGCAAGCAAUAUCCGUUGAUGGUCACAUGUGAUUGUGACGACGAGAAUGGAAAUAUUGGAAUUACUGUGUCACAUGACUCUGAGAGCAUUACAUGUGCUCUGAUGACAUGGGUUUUGCAUCAGUUUGCCUCUAAUUUAGAGCGAACAUUGAUGUAUUCCAAAGAGAAAUUGGCGAAUGUGAGAAGUCUAAGCCCCGCUCAUGUGGAGCAGCUUCAUACUUGGAAUGCCGCUGUUCCAGAAGGCAUACAAGCAUGCGCCCAUGAGCUCAUAAUUGAGAAAUCUGUCACACAGCCCAAUGCUCCUGCGGUUCACGCAUGGGAUGGUGACUUAUCAUACCAAGAUCUUGACAGGCUGUCCUCUGUCUUGGCUGAAAGCCUCCGCCAUCGUUCCACGGCGCCUGGUAGCUUCGUCCCGAUAUACAUGGAAAAGACGAAAUGGGCCGUGGUAGCCAUGCUAGCUGUCAUGAGAAUUGGCGCAGCAUUUUUGUUGCUCAGUUCCAGUCAGCCUGUCAAUCGAGUCCAGGACCUUUGUCGAAGAGUGCAAGCUAAGAUAAUCCUCUCCUCACCACGCCUGGCUGAAAAUCUUUGUGGAUUCAGUGAAGAUGUGGAUUUGAUAGAGAUUGAUGAGCGGAUCAAAGAUGGACCUUGUGACAUGUUGCAGGAAAGGCCUUUGGUUAGACCGCAGGAUCCCAUAUACCUAUUUUUUACGUCUGGGUCCACAGGUGAGCCCAAGGGCGUUCUGGUCCAUCAUGCGGCUGUCGCAACAAAUGCUAUCAAGCGAGGCGAAGCUCUCCAGCUCAGCCAAAUCUCUAGAGUUCUGCAAUUUGCCUCCUUUUCUUUUGACGCUUGCAUCGCGGAAAUUAUUUUCCCUUUGGUCAAUGGCGGAUGCAUCUGCAUUGCCAGCGAAACUCAAUUGCAAGGUGAGCUUGAGCAAACAAUUCGCCAUUAUGCAGUGAACCGAGCUUAUUUGACUCCAUCUGUCGCACGGAGUCUGAGCUCCUCUGUAAUAUCAUUACUCGACCACCUGUCACUUGUCGGAGAAGAGUAUCGGGCUUCAGACCUCGAGAUGUCAAAACAUACCCACCUCCUGAAUGAAUAUGGUCCAGCUGAGUGUGCAGUGGGGGCCACCAUAAGGAAAAAUCUUACACCAGAAGGAGAUCUCAACAACAUCGGCUGGGGGGUGGGAGCGGUGUGUUGGGUUGUUGAUCCCGACGACGUCAGUAGACGUGUGCCAAUUGGGUCAGUCGGUGAGCUUUUAAUUGAAGGGCCUAUCGUCGGACGCGGAUAUCUCAAUAACCCCGACGGAACAAAUGAAAAAUUCAUACAGCCUCCUCAAUGGCUCACCACCCUCAGACAAAAUGUGCAUGGCCUCUGUUAUCGGACCGGGGACCUGGUGAAAUACAGCACUAAGGGAGACGGCUCACUUAAUUUUGUCGGACGUAAAGACAAUCAGGUGAAGUUACGAGGGCAGAGGCUGGAUCUCGGCGAUAUAGAAGCUCACAUGGCAGUGGCCUUUCCAGAUGCCAAACAGGUCCUGGUUGAGGUUAUCACUCCAGCAAACGACCCAGAUCAGAUGGUGCUUGCAGGUUUCAUCUUCCAUCCGCGGAGCAACCUAGAAGAAGCCCAAUCAGACAUCGAAAUUCCCGAUAUGCAAAACAGCAUAUUCGCGACCGGAGGAAAACAGGGCUUCAUACGCCGUGUUUCCGACGCGGAGACCUAUCUUCAUAGUCAUCUGCCCUCUUACAUGAUUCCUACAGUCUUCCUACCGCUGAGGCGGCCGGUAUUGAGCUCCUCGGGGAAGGUUGAUCGUCAAAUGUUAAGAAAAGCAGCAUCUGCACUCUCCCGGCACACUCUUCAAUCGUAUCGUGCUCAAGCUCGGCAUAAACAGCCCCCCUCCACUGACAAGGAAGCUGCCCUGCGGAGGAUGAUUACCUUCUUGUUCAAUAUUGAGGAAGAUGAGGUUGGGCUGAAUGAUCAUUUUUUCCACCUUGGCGGAGACUCACUUGGCGCCAUGGAGCUCACAAAGACGGCCCGAAAAAAUGGGUAUCAGUUGACAGUGGCGGCUGUUUUCGAGUUCCCAAUUCUUCAAGAUCUGGCAUCCAAAAUGCGAAGACAGAAUGGAAGUGAGCUUUUGAACAGGCCUCAUCCAUUCGCCCUGUUGGAAUCUUCUACCCGCGAAGCCGUUAUCUCGCAUUCCCUCGAAUCAUGUAUGGCCGGACAUGAUGAUCAGAUCGAGGAUAUACAUCCUGCUACUCCAUUACAGGAAGCGCUGUUUGCACUCUCUAUGCGCACGCCUGGAGCAUAUUUGGCCUAUCUUGUAUUUGAACUUGAUGCCAAUAUAUCAUUAUCUCGAUUUCAAGACGCAUGGUAUGCUGUGCUACUCGCGAACUCCGCGCUGCGCAGCAGAAUUGUUACCAACAGCGAACAUGGGACAUUUCAAGUCGUCUUUCGUGAUCCACCACGCUGGAGUACAUUGCAAGAGGUCAAUGAUCUGGAAAUUCAGCCUGGCUACCCGCUCCUCGCAUUUUGUCUAUCAGAGCCAGACUCACGUCCUCUUACCUUUACGCUUGCUAUACACCAUGCCAUAUAUGAUGGCUGGUCCAAGGACGUAUUCCUUCAUCAACUGAGAGAAGCGUAUGAUGGAAAUCAUUUGAGGCCCCAAUCUUUCAAUGCACUCGUUGAAUAUACUACCAGUUCCGACACGGCGGCGGCUGAAGCUUACUGGAAAGAUGAAAUGGCCGGCUUUCAUUCCACACCCUUCCCUACCCCAUCGCCAUCGGGUUCUGCAUCCCGAGCGACAAGCUGCGUAGAACAGUCAAUUUUGGUGAAUCCUCCCUCUGGGAUUACAACCGCAUCCCUAAUGAAGCUGGCGUGGGCGGUAUCCCUUUCACAAUAUACAUCGUCUGACGAUGUUGUGUUCGGAAUGACUUUGUCAGGCCGAGAUGUACCAGUCCCAGGCAUAGAGAACAUAGUGGGACCGGUUGUCGCCACAGUCCCUGUCCGGGUCAAGCUGGAUCAGAAUGCUUCGAUCAAAAAUUUGUUAAGUCUAGUCCAAUGCAGAUCAGCGAGAAUGGUGGAGUUUCAACAUCUUGGUACCCAGAAUAUUCGACGGGUUAGCCCUGAAGCAGAGCUGGCUUGCAGGUUUGGAAAUCUCCUAGUCAUUCAUAUGCCUCGAGAGAAGAUUAUCAAGUCAGAUAUCAUCAGGGGACUUUUGAAUGAAGAAGAGGUCAAUACUAUGCUUCACACACAUGCCCUCGUCUUAGUAUGUGAUCUCUACACUGAUUUUACAGUCCGGGUGCAAGUCAGGUUUGACGACCAGGUGGUCACUCAUUCUGAAGCUACGGGUCUCCUGUCCCAGGUUUUGCAUGUCAUUUCGGUGCUCCUGUCGGCAUCAGACAACACUCUGCUUGCAGACGUCUCUCCACUAAGUCCAGAAGGCGAGGCCGCACUUUCCGCUUGGACGCAUGUCCCUCCAAAGCGGAUAGAUGCUUGUGUGCACUCAUUGGUUCAAGGGGUAUGUAAGAGACAUCCAUUGUCUCCUGCAGUAUGUGCCUGGGAUGGAGAAUUUACAUAUAGUGAGCUAGGCGGUCUUUCAGACCAGCUUGCAUCUCACUUACUACAUGUAGGGGUUGAACCUAAGACCUUCGUGCCAGUCAUCUUGAAGAAGACACGUUGGGCGGUGGUUGCUAUGCUUGCCAUCCUGAAGGUGGGAGCAGCUUUUGUGCUGAUGGAUCCAUCCCAGCCUUUGCAGCGAAUCAGGGGCAUGUGUGAGGAGUGUGGCUCCAGCAUUGUGAUCUCAAACAAAGCAUCCGUGCCCAACAGCGCUGAUCUUUCAAUCCCUGUGAUCUGCAUCAGCAAUGUUGAGACAUGCUGGCAGCGCUCCGCGGUUGAUAUCUCUGACAGAAGUUUACCUCUUCCAGUCUCCACAGAAAGCCCUGUCUAUGUUGUUUUCACUUCGGGGUCAACAGGAAAACCGAAGGGCGUGAUAAUCGAUCAUGGGGCAUUUUGCACUCUCGCGAUUACAUUUAACAAGACAGCCGGCUUGGACUCUCAAACCCGGAUGUUUCAAUUUGCUUCAUAUGCAUUUGAUGCAUCGAUUAUCGACAUGUUGGCUCCGCUAUUAGCCGGUGGCUGUGUUUGCAUCCCAUCAGAGAGUGAAAGAACCGAUGAUCUUGCGGGCUCAGUAAAGCGGAUGAAUGCAAACUUCGCAGACUUUACACCCUCUCUUUUGCAGGAACUGGAUCCCAGAUCCUUCCCCACAAUCAAGAAAAUUAUUGUUGGAGGGGAAAGGAUGACCUCAGCUGAGGUUCGGACUUGGAGCCCAGCUGUUCGCCUGCUAAAUGUCUAUGGACCAGCUGAAUGCUGCGACAUAUCUACCCUUCAGCCUAACGUGUCAGUGGACUCCGAUAUCAACAGUGUGGGCCAUCCUUUGGCUACUGAUUGUUGGAUUGUUCACCCAUCUGACCAUAAUCGUCUCGUCCCGAUUGGUGUCGUUGGGGAACUGCUCUUGGGUGGGCCAAAAGUUGGCAUGGGGUACAUCAACAACCCAUUUGCCACUUCAAAGGCGUUUCUCUCCGACGCUCCUCCAUGGCUGGCAAAAUUCAGACCCGAUUCCGCCUUCAAUCGUUUGUACAAAACGGGUGACCUGGUAUCCUACUCAGCAGAUGGUUCCCUACGCUUUGUCGGUCGCAAAGAUUUUCAGAUCAAGAUUCGUGGUCAGCGUAUUGAGCCUGGUGAGAUUGAAGUGGCCAUACAGAAAUGUCUACCAGAUGCUCCGCAUAUUGUUGUAGAUGCCGUGGGCUCUCAAUCCGGGGGACUGAACAAAACUCUUGUGGCUUUUAUUGCCGUGGAGUCUACGGAUCCUACUACCAACGGCAAUUACCACCCCGAGGAUUUAUUUACUGCACCAGAUGAGAUUCUGCAAGAAAGGCUCAACUGCGUGAACGCCGAAUUGCAUACAAAACUACCCUCGGCUAUGGUACCUGCAAAAUACCUGGUCUUACGCCUUAUUCCAUUCACCAUUUCUGGCAAGGUCGACCGUCGCGCCCUUCGUGAAACUGCCUCACUGCUGACCGAUGAAGAGCUCGAAUUGUAUGCCAAAACACAACUGAUGAAAAAACAGCCAUCAACGCCCCAAGAAGGUAUCCUGCAACAGAUAUGUGCGAGUGUUCUUCGCCGGGCUCCUGAGUCCGUUAGCAUGGGUGAAUCAUUCUUCCACCUUGGAGGAGACUCUAUCAUGGCUAUGAAGCUAGUUCAACUAGGCCGCAGAAAUGGUCUUUGCUUUCAGGUUACGGAUGUUUACAGGAGCUCAAAGAUUGCUGAUUUGGUGGCUGCUAAUCAUUGA